AUGAGUAGAAUUUCAAUAUUUAAGAAGAAACCCAAAGUUAAAGAGGAAGUUGAAAUUAGUUUAGACAUUCCUGAAAGUAUUAAAUCAAAUGCAAUAUGGAAUAUUUGUCGUUUAGAAGAUUAUCAUGUAGUAUCGAGUAUUAUACGAACGUGUGGUGUUGAUGCAAUACCAUUCUGGGAUGCUAUAAGGAAUUGUUUGGAUAGUGACGCUGUAUUAAUUUAUUUGAUAAAACAACAUAUAAUAGAAGAAGUAAGAAAUACAAAAGAAAAAGCACAAUUAUUUAGAGCAAACGGAGGAUUUACUCAUUUAAUGUCGUCAUUUAUGAAAAAGGAAGGACAAAAAAUAUUAGAAGAAUAUAUUAAUCCCAUAAUAAAAGUUGUAAAUGAACAACCAAAUGAACUUGAAGUAGAUAAUACCAAAGUAUCACAAGAGGUUGUUGAUAAAAAUGUUGAAACAUUAUUAACAAUACUAAAAGAACAUGUAUGUAAAUUUGAUAUUCUUAGUAAACUAAUUUCUCCAGAUUUUUCAUAUAUUUUUAAUAUUAUUAAGAAAGAAGUAAUGAAAAAAUGGCCAGAAAAUGCACUAAUUGCUAUUGGUGGAUUUUUGUUUUUAAGAUUCAUUAAUCCUGCUAUUGUUUCUCCACAACGAUUUGGUAGUCGUAUGUUACUUCCAAAUGAUAAUGGACAUCGUACAUUGAUUUUAAUUAGUAAAGUUGUUCAGUCUAUUGCGAAUCAACCAUUGUGUCCAUUUAGAGAAGAAUUCAUGCAACCAUUUUCUGAUUAUGUGUUGUCACAAUAUGAUCAUGUUAAUCAAUUUUUGAGUAUUAUUAGUUCAAAUGAUCAAAUGCCACAAUAUGAGCGAUCUAUUAGUGAUUCUAUUAUUAUUGAAGAAAUACCUAUUAUUGUUAAAGGGUUAAUUGGGUUUAAAGAAGAUGUAAUGAAAGAUUUCUAUGAGAAACUUGACACUGUACCAGGAAUAAAAGAUAAAUUAAUUCCAAUGUUAGAUAAUAGUGAAACAAUUAAAAGAUUUACAUUCUUUGAUCAAACAGCUGCAUUAAAUGAAAUGAUGUUAUCAAUGAAAAAAUCAAUUAUUUCAUACGAAUAUGAAAUAGGACAAUUAAAUGAUAAAAUAGUGGAUCUUUAUAUAAAACUUGGAAAAUAUUUACCUGAAUGUGAAACAUUACCAGAAAUUACAUGUAAAAUUCAAGAAACCAAAUUAAAAAGAAUUGAGGAAUUACGAAAAAAACGAGAAGAAGAAGAAAAAACAGAAAAAGGUAAAAACCUUAUUAGUAUUCAAGCAGAAAAACCUAUUCCUACACCUCUGAAUAAUAAAGAAGAAAAUGAAAAAGAAGGAAUUAUAAAUGAUAAUAUUGAUAAAGUUAGUGAUAUUGAUUCUAGUGAAAGUGAAAAUAGUGAAGAUUUUAAUAAACAAAAAAAUAAAGAAGAAACUAGUGAUAGUGAAGAAUGGUCAGAAAGUGAUUCUGAGAUAUUCUUAAGUGAAGUACAAGAAACUUAUAAAAAGAAAAUAGAAAAAGAAAGAAAAGAUUCAAUUAUACCAAAUAAAGCAUUAUCAAUUUCUAUUAAUGAGUAUAAAGAAUCAUUAAAAAAACAAGGACAGUUACCAAAAGAAUUAUAUGAAGAAUCACAAAAAACUAUUCAUACAAUCCAUAAAUUAAUGCACAAAGUACAUAAAUGUAAUGACGCUAAUCAGCUCUACCAAGUAUCAGUAGAAUUAAUAAUUAUUAUUCAAAAAUUAAAUGGAAAACAAAACAUUAAAACACAACAUAAAAAUGUUGAAUGUGAUGUCACAAUGAUUCCUAAAACAAAAGACCUUAUUGAAAGAUUAAUAAAAUUACUGGAAAACAAAAUUGUAGAUGAUUUAAAUUUAACUACAGAACAAUUACAAAAGAUCCAAUCUUUUUUGAAUGAUGUUUUACCUUAUCUUAAAAAUUAA